CAAAUUUUCCAUUUAAUUUGAGAGAGAGAGAGAGAGAGAGAGAGAGAGAGAGAGAGAGUUCUAGAGAGAGAAGGGUCCCGCGGCCAAUGGCGGAUUCUAGCGACUCUGUUUCCGUUGACAUGGAGAUGAUCUCUGUCAGCGGAAAGGAGUACCUUAUAAAAACUGGCCGUGGUUCUAUCUCUGUGGCAGUGUUUGGAGAUCCAGACAAGCCAGCUCUUGUUACUUACCCUGAUGUAGCAUUGAACUCAGAUACGUCCUGCUUUCAUGGGCUAUUCUGUUGUCCAGAAGCUUUUUCCUUGCUGCUCCAUAACUUCUGCAUCUACCAUAUUAGUCCCCCUGGGCAUGAGUUUGGUGCAGCCAUAAUUAAGUCCAGUGACCCAGUGCCAUCCGUGGAUGACUUAGCAGAACAGAUUGCUGAGGUUCUUGACUAUUUUAGAGUUGAUGCAGUGAUGUGUAUGGGGGUGGCUGCUGGAGCUUAUAUCCUUUCCCUGUUUGCUAUAAAAUAUACAGAACGCGUUCUUGGUUUGAUACUCAUCUCUCCUCUAUGCAAAGCACCAUCGUGGACAGAAUGGUUGUAUAAUAAGGUGAUGUUGAAGUUUCUUUUUUUUUAUGGCAUGUGUAGUGUGGCGAAGGAGUUGUUGCUUAUGCGGUACUUCAGCAAGAAAGUUCGUGGUAACUCUCAAGUACCAGAGUCAGAUAUAGUUCAAGCAUGCAGAAGAUUGCUGGAUGAGAGGCUGAGUCUAAAUGUUUCGCGGUUUCUUCAAGCUAUCAAUGGGAGAGAAGACAUCACUGAAGGGCUCAAGAAACUAAAAUGCCGGUCUUUAGUAUUUGUUGGAGAGUACUCUCCGUUUCACGCCGAUGCUUUACACAUGACUUCAAAUCUAGAAGAAAGAUAUACUGCCUUAGUUGAGGUUCAGGGAUGUGGGUCAGUGGUGACAGAGGAGCAGCCCGAUGCCAUGUUGAUACCAUUGGAAUACUUCCUUGUUGGGUUUGGCUUCUACAAGCCGUCUCAGGUCAAUGCCAGCCCGAGAAGCCCAUUGAGUCCAACUUCCAUCUCUCCAGAGCUUUUCUCUCCGGAGAGCAUGGGCGUGAAAUUAAAACCCAUAAAAACACGAAUCUCUGUCGAAGACUGAAGAAAACUAUACGUAGGUGAGAAAUUUUUGGUAAUCUGUAUAUGGAGAAAUAGCUAAUAUUUCACAUGAUUGGGUGGGGGUGAUUAAAGGAAAAAGUUCCUUGGGGACUGUAGAU